AUGCGCGUUUUGCUUGUGGAAACGGCUUCUUUUCCAUUCCUACCAACCACUAAGUUGGAGGCUACUACAUUAACUCUCACUCACACACUACAGGUGCCCUUCAGAGCUUUUAGACAAGAUCCAGAAGUGGCUGUUUCCCAAUUCUGGGGUAGGAGAAAAAGAACUAUUUUUUUCCUUUUUGUUUCGCGGUUCACCACCUCCUUUUCGACGCUAAUAUUCUUUCUCCUAUUUCUGUAUCUUCUUCUGAAAGAGGAGGAGGUGCAGUCAAUGUUUCAAAAUUGUGUUUUGGCUUGCAAGUGA